AUGGACGAACUUAUAGUCAACCAAAGUGAUUUUGCAGUCGAAAAUCAAGGUAAGCUUCGUGAUACCUAUCGAAUCGGCUCAAAGCUCGGAGAUGGCGCAUUUGGGAGCGUCAGAAAAAUAACCCACCGAAUAACUGGAGAAAUUCGCGCAGUAAAAACAAUCCACAAAAAGACCCUCCGCACUGAAGAAGAGCGUCAAACAUUUUUUAACGAAGUAUCAGUCCUACGCUCCUUAGACCACCCAAAUAUUCUUAAAUUCUAUGAGUUUUUCCAAGACGAUAAGAAUUAUUAUUUAAUAACGGAGCUAUGUUCGGGUGGCGAGUUAUUUGAUAGGAUCAUCAAUAAUGGAUCAUUUUCAGAAGCAACUGCAGCUGAAUAUUUAAGACAGAUCCUUUCAGUAUUAGCGUAUUGCCAUGAGAGAAAUGUCGUCCAUAGAGAUUUGAAACCUGAAAAUUUCCUGUUAGACACUACAGAGCCAGAUGCAAAUUUAAAAGUAUGGCCUAGGCUUCAUUUUAACUAGUAUCUCUUAAUUUUAGUAGAAAUUUCAUUUUUUUUAAAGCAUAUAUUGAUUUCGGGACAGCUCAAUUUUUCAGACCAGGAGAGUACAUGAGCCAAAAAUUUGGGACACCUUAUUAUAUUGCUCCAGAAGUCUUAAGAAAGCAUUAUAAUGAAAAAUGCGACGUUUGAAGCGCUGGGAUUAAUUUAUAUGUAUUUUUAGUUGGAUAUCCACCAUUUGGAGGUAAUACUGAUGAGCAAAUAUUGAGGAAGGUAACUGCAGGUCGCUUUUCUUUUCCUUCUCCUGAAUGGGACAAUAUAAGCUUUGAAGCCAAAGAUUUAAUUUCAAAAAUGCUUACAAUUGACCCAAGCAGAAGGAUUUCAGCAAAAGACGCUCUUAGGCACACUUGGCUCAGUAAAGCUCCUCGUGUUCCCAUUAACAGCUCUCUUGCCAGAACAAUUUUCUCAAAUCUCCAAAGUUUCCGAGCAGGCCGAAGUCUACAAAAAGCUAUCCUAAUUAAAUUGACAUUAUUUAUAUAAAAAACUAAUAGGAUACUAUCCAAAUUUACCCAAUUUGGCGUACUUUUUCUUUUAUAGCUUCUCAGCUCUCCACAAAGCAAGAAAAGGACGAAAUGCUUAAUUUAUUUAAAUCUUUAGAUACAGAUAACAGCGGAACAUUAUCAAAGGCUGAGCUCAUUGAAGGCUAUACUAUGUUAUAUGGAAACCAAAUAGACGAUAUUGAAGGAGAGGUAGACAGAAUAAUGAGCCAGGUUGAUACAGAUAAAUCAGGAGAAAUUGAUUAUACAGAGUUCAUUGCAGCGACUUUGAAUAAAAAUAGACUUUUGUCAAGAGAAAGAUUGGAAGCAGCCUUUAAGGCGUUUGAUUUAGAUAACAGUGGAACUAUAUGUGCAGGAGAACUGAAAGCACUUUUAGGAAAGCAUCAUAAUUAUGAUGAAGACAUGUGGCAAGAUAUAGUGAAUGAAGUAGAUCAGAAUGGAGAUGGGCUUAUUGAUUUGAGGGAAUUUACUGAAAUGAUGCUAAAAGUUGCUUAA